AUGCAGAAAGACACUUCUCCAGUGGCUCCACCGGCGCCCUCGGCCACAAACACUGCCAUGGGUGGAAACUGGCAGGCCAGCGCAUCAGGGACCCCUAGCAAGAGUGAGCCUGGGCCUCACACCUUCCCCAAAGCCCAUCAGAGGCCCAGCAUGUCGAAGGUGAUCCUGAGGGCUGUGGCAGACAAGGGGCUACGCAACCGCGUGUCCCUGGCCGCCCUGAAGAAGGCUGUGGCAGGCACAGGCUACAACAUGACUCGCAACUCCUGGCGUUUCAAGUGCGUGAUCCAGAAGCUGCUGGACAGUGGCAUGAUCAAGCAGGUGUCUGGCAGAGGCUACUCAGGCUCCUUCAGCCUGGGCAAGAAGCAGGCCAAGAAGAUCAGGGCCAAGAGACGCCAGCAGCGAAGGUCUGGGCAGCGUCGCUCUGGGCACCGCCGUUCCGGACAGCACAGGUCAAGAGUGGGCUCCAAACAGGGCCAAAAGCAGCUUUUCAAGGGAGUCCGCCGGGCAACCAAGGGCCGCCGCACUUAA